UGCAGCUCACCUGCGGCGCCUCCACGGGCGCUGGAAGACGACGACCUCCUCGCAGAUAUCCUCCUCCGCCUCCCGCCCCAGCCUUCAACCCUGCCCCGCGCCGCCUCUGUCUGCACGACCUGGCGCCGCCUCGUCUCCGACCCCGGCUUCCUCGGUCGCUUCCGCGCGCGUCAUCGGAGGCCCCCACUCCUCGGCGUCUUCAUGAAUUUCUCCGGCCACCCAGUCUUCCGCAUGGACCCUCCCGACGACAUCCCGUACCAUCGCUUCCCCUUGGGGCACAAGGAGGGUGACUGCUGGGACCUGCUCGGCGUCCGCCACGGGCGCGUCCUCAUCUUCAACCGCACACGUCACGAGUUCCUCGUGUGGGAUCUCGCCACAGGAGACCGGCAUUGCGUCGCCGCCCCACCGGAGUUCAAUGUCAAGGGGAAGUUCGUCUGCAACGGCGCGGUGCUUUGCGCUGCCGGCGAGCAAGGCCACGCGCAGCACGGCGAGUGCCACUCGGGCCCCUUCCAACUGGUCCUGAUAGGCAUCGGCCAAGAUGAGGGACGAGCGUUCGCCUGCGUUUACUCGUCGCAGACCCGCGAAUGGGGUAAUCCCAGCUCAACAGCUCUUCCGUAUAUGUAUGAUAAUAACGCGGACAGCACCAGUACCCUUAUUGGGGAUUCACUCUACUGGUUGCUUCAGGACGUUGAAAGUGGCAUCCUUGUGUUUGAUUUGGCUAACGGAGCCUAGAUAGACUUGGCGUUCCGCCGGACAUGGAUACUUAUUGCGGCAACUAUCAAAUCAUCCUGGCAGAGAGUGGUGGUUUAGGCAUUGCUGCUUUGAGAAGCCUUAGUUUCGACAUGUGGGAGAGGAAGGUUGGUAAUGAUGGUGUUUCUAGUUGGGUGCCGUGGAAGAUUGUUAAGCUGGAAGAGAUCACUGGGCUGUCUAGAGACGGGAGAGGGCACAUGAUAAUUCAUGGGUAUGAUGAAGAAGAUAAUGUGAUCUUCCUCAGGACGGAUGUUGGUUGCUUCAUAGUCGAGCUUGAGUCGAUGAAGUUCAGGAACCUUGGAAAAUGGAAUUUCAUCACCACCUGUGCCUAUCAUCCCUACAGAAGUUUAUAUACAAGCAAAGGAUUCCCCCUAGACUAUCAAAUGAAUUGGAAUGACUGCAUUGCAGCUUUUGAAGAACGAAAGCUAGUCCUGCUGGAGGUCUUAAAGAGUGCAGAUUGUAAGAUUUCAUUGACUGCUGACAUGGAUGAAACUAUGGGAUAUAUGUGUGUCGCAUGCCACUUUAUCAACACUGAUUGGAAACUGCAAAGGAGGAUAAUUAAGUUUGUUGUUGUAGAGCCACCACAUAAUGGUGAGGAAAUUUUCAAUGCUAUUCUCAGAUGCAUUCAGGAUUGGAAUAUUGAACAAAAAUUAUUUGGGGUUACAAUAGCUGAUUCUGCUGCUAAUGAAACAAUGGUGCACAUGCUGAAGCAGGACUUGGUGGUCAAGAAGGUCCUAUCUGUUGAAGGGAAGUUGCUGCACAACCAAUGUGCAUCACAUAUAAUAAAUCUCCUAGUUAGUGAUGCGCUAAAGUUUGUAGAAUCAAUUUGUGACAAGAUACGUGAGAGUGUAAAGUAUAUCCAAUCAUCAAAAUCCAGAGAGCAAAUCUUUGAGAAAAUUGUUGCGCAAGAAGGCAUUUCAUAUGAUGAGUGGCUGUCUCUGGAUACGCCCACAUGUUGGGACUCAACAUAUUGUUUGCUUAAUAUGGCUGUGACGUUCAAAAAGGCAUUUGAUUCAUUGGCAUUACAGGAUACAAAGUACACACAUGCACCCUUUUUUGAAGAGUGGGAAAGGCUGUGAGUAGUGUACAGAUUGUUGGAGGUUUGCUAUGAUGCCAUUACGGCAAUUUCCUGCUCAUCAUGCCCCACAUCGAACCUCUAUUUUCAUGAGAUAUGGAAAAUCAAGUUAACCUUGGAUAGAGAAGCUUCUGAAGUGGAUAAUGAUGUUCAGAAGAUGAUAAAAGGGAUGAAAAGGAAGAUUAAAAAAUAUUGGAAAAAGUCAUACAUAUCAAUAUCCAUCCCUAUUAUUUUUUAUCCAAGGUUCAAGUACAUGUUUGUUGAGUUCCGUUUCAAGCAAGCCUUUGGGGCUGCUGCAGGCAAAAGUCUUCGGAGUGCAGAAAGUAUUAAGAGAGCUGUAUGAUGAAUACUCUUCUCAGUUGAAUGAUUGUAAUGUUGACUGCACGGAGGAGAUGUCUAUGGAAGAUAAUAGACCAUUUACUGACUGGUGUCAGCAUCUAAGUAGCAAUGUGGAAGUGUUAACAGAACUAGAUAGAUACUUAAAUGAGAGGCCAAUUGACCUAUCUGAGGACUUUAAUAUAUUAAAUUGGUGGAUGGUUUACACACCUGUUUAUCCUACCCUUGCUCGCAUAGCACGAGAUGUGCUGGCGGUGCCUGCAUGUACAGUUGCAUCGGAGUCAGUUUUCAAUACAGGAGAGAGUUACCAGUGACUUCCAUUGCAGAUUCACUACAAAGACUGUUGAGUCACUCAUUUGCCUGCGGGAUUGGUGUCAAGACUCGGGUUAUCAUCCGAGCAUGAGAUUGGCCACUGAUUUCAGCGACCUUUUGUUUGGUAGCCGCUUUUGGUGAGCUUGAUGAUCUUUGAAUUUACAUGCUAUGUUUAGACAAAGGUAAAACCUAGCUUCUAUUCGACAACAUGCUUGAUGUUUAAGUCAUAACACAUGUGCACUAGGGAAAUAUUGUUUUCCAGAUUAUGUCAAAUGAUUACUAAGUAGUAUAUCGUUCAACUUCCUCAAAAGAUAGUAUUUGAAGUCUCCAUUUUGAAAAUCUUUGUUCUCCACUGUCGUUUUUGUAAAAGAAAACUUUAUGGUUACAAUAAUGGAAUAGCUCUAUGGAUGUAUUUGUUCCUCUAACAGAUAAUAGUUUCCCAAAAGUGUUCCUCUGAAGAAUUACUUAUUGUACCCCAGUACGUGAACCCGCAACCUUAUGUGAUUACGGAAAAGUCAAUGAACUAAUGA